AUGACCCCACCCCAUUCUCCCGCUUUCCAUCAUUCCGCCACAUUCUCUCACUUUCCAUCACCCCGCCCCCUUCUCUCUCCUUCCAUCACCCUGCCCCAUUCUCCCGCUUUCCAUCACCCCGCCACAUUUUGCCCCCAAUCUCCCGCUUUCCAUCACCCCGCCACAUUCUCCCACUUUCCAUCACCCCGCCCCAUUCUCCCUCCUUCCAUCACCCCGCCCCAUUCUCCCUCCUUCCAUCACCCCGCCCCAUUCUCCCGCUUUCCAUCUCCCCACCCCAUUCUCCCGCUUUCCAUCACCCUGCCCCAUUUUCCCCCCCAUUCUCCCGCUUUCCAACACCCCUCCCCAUUCUCCCGCUUUCCAUCACCCCGCCCCAUUCUCCCGCUUUCCAUCACCCCGCCCCAUUGUCCCGCUUUCCAUCACUCCGCCCCAUUCUCCCGCUUUCCAUCACCCCGCCCCAUUCUCCCGCUUUCCAUCACCCCGCCCCAUUCUCCCUCCUUCCAUCACCCUGCCUCAUUCUCCCUCCUUCCAUCACCCCGCCCCAUUCUCCCGCUUUCCAUCACCCAGCCCCAUUCUCCCGCUUUCCAUCACCCCGCCCCAUUUUCCUGCUUUCCAUCACCCCGCCACAUUCUCCCACUUUCCAUCACCCCGCCCCAUUCUCCUUCCUUCCAUCAACCCGCCCCAUUCUCCCUCCUUCCAUCACCCCGCCCCAUUCUCCCGCUUUCUAUUAGCCCGCCCCAUUCUCCCGCUUUCCAUCACCCCGCCCCAUUCUCCCGCUUUCCAUCACCCCGCCCCAUUCUCCCGCUUUCCAUCACCCCGCCCCAUUCUCCCGCUUUCCAUCACCCCGCCCCCUUCUCCCUCCUUCCAUCACCCCGCCCCAUUCUCCCUCCUUCCACCACCCCGCCCUAUUCUCCCGCUUUCCAUCAGCCCGCCCCAUUCUCCCGCUUUCCAUCACCCCGCCCCUUUCUCCCACUUUCCAUCACCCAGCCCCAUUCUCCCGCUUUCCAUCACCCCGCCCCAUUCUCCCGCUUUCCGUCACCUCGCCCCGUUCUCACUCCUUCCAUCACCCCGCCCCAUUCUCCCUCCUUCCAUCACCCCGCCCCAUUCUCCCGCUUUCCAUCACCCCGCCCCAUUCUCCCGCUUCCCAUAACCCCACCCCAUUCUCCCACUUUCCAUCACCCCGCCACAUUCUCCCGCUUUCUAUCACCCCGCCCCAUUCUCCCUCCUUCCAUCACCCCACCCCAUUCUCCUGCUUUCCAUCACCCCGCCCCAUUCUCCCGAUUUCCAUCACCCCGCCCCAUUCUCCCGCUUUCCAUCACCCCACCCCAUUCUCCCGUUUUCCAUCACCCCACCCCAUUCUCCCGCUUUCCAUCAUCCCGCCCCAUUCUCCCUCCUUCCAUCACACCGCCCCAUUCUCCCGCUUUCCAUCACCCCGCCCCAUUCUCCCGCUUUCCAUCACCCCGCCCCAUUCUCCCAUCACCCCGCCCCAUUCUCCCGCUUUCCAUCACCACGCCCCAUUCUCCCGCUUUCCAUCACCCCGCCCCAUUCUCCCGCUUUCCAUCACUCCGCCCCAUUCUUCUGCUUUCCAUCACCCCGCCCCAUUCUCCCGCUUUCCAUCACCCCGCCCCAUUCUUCUCCUUCCAUCACCCCGCCUCAUUCUACCUCCUUCCAUCACCCCGCCCCAUCCUCCCGCUUUCCAUCACCCCGCCCCAUUCUCCCGCUUUCCAUCACCCCGCCCCAUUCUCCCGCUUUCCAUCACCCCGCCACAUUCUCCCACUUUCCAUCACCCCGCCCCAUUCUCCCUCCUUCCAUCACCCCGCCCCAUUCUCCCUCCUUCAAUCACUCCGCCCCAUUCUCCCUCCUUUGAUCACCCCGCCCCAUUCUCCCGCUUUCCAUCAGCCCUCCCCAUUCUCCCGCUUUCCAUCACCCCGCCCCAUUCUCCCGCUUUCCAUCACCCUGCCCCAUUCUCCCUUUUUCCAUCACCCCGCCCCAUUCUCCUGUUAUUGUCACAGUAGGCUCCAAUGUGCUUAA